GGCAAAUGUCAACGCCGUGACCCUCCCUGCAAGUACUUCCACCCACCACAACACCUUCGUGAAUUGCUUCUGCAAAAUGGUCGAAAUAAUUUGAUAUUGAAGAAUAUGCAACUGCAAUUGUUGCAACAACAACUGGCCCAAGGUGCUAUGCUGCCAGGUUUGUCGGCCGCACUAGCGGCGACGGCUUCAACACCCUCUGUAGCGUCGCCGGGCACUCCGGGAACGCAUGCUAUCGCGGGCGCGCCUCAGUGUCCCAAUCCCACCUCUCCUGUCUCCUCCGCUUCCAUCGGUCCCACGCUCGAUCAAACGUUGUUGAUAUGUCAUUCAAGUCUUAACGGUUUCUGUUCGGUCCCACUCCAUUUACACUUUGAAAAGGCGUUCUCACUUCCCCUCGUUUAA